GGGGCGGGGCCAAGGCGGACGCGCGCGUGGAGAGCGGGGGCCCGCGGCGAGCCGCCGGCCGCCAGCCUUCGCGCGUGGCUGUUGUCGACCCGAGCUCGCUUCCGAGCCUCCGCCGACGCCGCCGCACCUGCGCCGAGUGGGCCGCGCCGGCCGUCAUGGCGCACCGCUGCCUGCUGCUGUGGGGCCGCGGCGGCUGCCGGCCCCGCGGCCUCCCGCCGCUCCUCCUGCCCGGCGGCGGCGCGGGCCGCGGUGAGCGGCGCUGCCUGCGGACGCUUUAUCGAUAUGCUACAGCUCAAGCAACAACCAGCAGAAAUUCUCUUCUGAUAGAUGUAAUUGCUGCAUAUCAAAGAUUCUGUUCUCGACCUCCCAAAGGAUUUGAAAAAUAUUUUCCUAAUGGAAAAAAUGGGAAAAAAAUUAGUGAACCACAAGAAGUUAUGAGAGAAAAAAAAGAAUCAAAAACAGCUGCUACCCCACGCUCUUCUGGAGGAGGAGGUGCUGGUGGAGGAAAACGCCGUGGCAAGAAAGAUGAUUCUCACUGGUGGUCCAGGUUCCAGAAGGGUGACUUUCCAUGGGACGACAAGGAUUUCAGGAUGUACUUUAUGUGGACUGCUCUGUUUUGGGGUGGAGUCAUGUUUUACUUCCUCUUCAAGAGCUCGGGCAGAGAAAUCACGUGGAAGGACUUUGUCAAUAACUAUCUUUCUAAAGGAGUAGUAGACAGACUGGAAGUUGUCAAUAAGCGUUUUGUUCGGGUGACUUUUACACCAGGAAAAACUCCAGUUGAUGGGCAAUAUGUGUGGUUUAAUAUUGGCAGUGUAGACACCUUUGAGCGGAAUCUGGAAACCUUACAGCAAGAAUUGGGCAUAGAAGGGGAAAAUCGGGUGCCUGUUGUCUACAUAGCUGAAAGUGACGGCUCUUUUCUGCUGAGCAUGUUGCCUACGGUGCUCAUCAUUGCUUUUCUCCUGUACACCAUAAGAAGAGGGCCCGCAGGCAUUGGGCGAACUGGCCGGGGCAUGGGUGGCCUCUUCAGUGUUGGGGAAACCACAGCCAAGGUCUUAAAGGAUGAAAUAGAUGUGAAAUUCAAAGAUGUGGCUGGUUGUGAGGAGGCCAAGCUGGAGAUCAUGGAAUUUGUAAAUUUCUUGAAAAACCCGAAGCAGUAUCAAGACCUAGGAGCAAAAAUCCCAAAGGGUGCCAUUCUCACUGGUCCUCCAGGCACGGGGAAGACACUGCUAGCGAAGGCCACCGCUGGAGAAGCCAACGUCCCCUUCAUCACUGUUAGUGGAUCUGAGUUUUUAGAGAUGUUCGUUGGUGUGGGUCCAGCUAGAGUCCGAGACUUAUUUGCCCUUGCUCGAAAGAACGCCCCUUGCAUUCUCUUCAUUGAUGAGAUUGAUGCAGUAGGAAGGAAGAGAGGGCGAGGCAAUUUUGGAGGGCAGAGUGAGCAGGAGAACACACUCAAUCAGCUGCUCGUGGAGAUGGAUGGUUUUAACACAACAACAAACGUGGUCAUUUUGGCGGGUACCAACCGACCAGAUAUCCUGGACCCAGCGCUGAUGCGGCCGGGGCGCUUUGACAGGCAGAUCUUUAUUGGUCCACCAGACAUAAAAGGAAGAGCCUCUAUUUUCAAAGUUCAUCUCCGACCACUGAAACUGGAUAGCACCCUAGAGAAGGAAAAGCUGGCCAGAAAACUGGCAUCUUUAACUCCAGGGUUCUCAGGAGCUGAUGUCGCCAAUGUCUGUAACGAGGCUGCUUUGAUUGCUGCAAGACACCUCUCGGAUUCCAUAAAUGAGAAACACUUUGAACAAGCAAUCGAGCGAGUGAUUGGUGGCCUGGAGAAAAAAACCCAGGUUCUGCAGCCUGAGGAGAAGAGGACAGUGGCGUACCACGAAGCAGGGCAUGCGGUCGCUGGCUGGUACCUGGAGCAUGCAGACCCCCUCUUAAAGGUGUCCAUCAUCCCGCGCGGCAAAGGACUGGGCUAUGCUCAGUAUUUGCCCAAGGAGCAGUAUCUGUACACCAAGGAGCAGCUCCUGGAUAGGAUGUGCAUGACUUUGGGCGGUCGUGUCUCUGAGGAGAUCUUCUUUGGAAGGAUCACAACUGGUGCGCAGGAUGACUUGAGGAAAGUCACUCAGAGUGCCUACGCCCAAAUUGUUCAGUUUGGCAUGAAUGAGAAGGUGGGGCAGAUCUCCUUUGACCUCCCACGCCAGGGUGACAUGGUGCUAGAGAAGCCGUACAGCGAAGCCACCGCCAGGCUCAUAGACGACGAGGUGCGCGUGCUUAUUAACGAUGCCUAUAGAAGAACCGUCGCCCUCCUCACAGAGAAGAAGGCCGAGGUGGAGAAGGUUGCUCUUCUAUUGUUAGAAAAAGAAGUAUUAGAUAAAAAUGAUAUGGUUGAACUUCUGGGCCCCAGACCAUUCGCAGAAAAGUCUACGUAUGAAGAAUUCGUGGAAGGCACUGGCAGCUUGGACGAGGACACUUCUCUUCCAGAGGGCCUGAAGGACUGGAACAAGGAGCGAGAGAAGGAGAAAGAGGAGCCCGCAGGCGAGAAAGUCGCCACCCAGAUGCAAGGGUGGAGACCGUUUUAGCCAUGGCCUGUGUUUACAGUGGCCUUUUUACAGUGUUCCGGCUUUCAGGGGAGAACAGCACUGCUCAGCGGAUGCAGCCAGCAGCCGGCCCAGCCGGAAGUGUGGGCAAGAGGAGCAUCCCAGCCUCCCCUCAGAAGGCCGGGGAGGCUCUGCCCUGUGGCCUCUGCCUGCAGGCCAUUCCCUGGUACACCAACAGCAGAGCCAGGCGGGAGCAGCAGGGAUGGCAUCUGUGGCAUCUCCACAGUGAGGGAAGAGGACGUUUUUCUCUUUUCGUCACCCAUUCUUCAUUCCUAUUUCUCUUCAGUUUCUUUCUGCAGAUGGGCUUGUGAAAUUAAAUUGGAAUUCUGAUAAGAUUUUGAUUUGACUUAAUAUUUUGAAGAUUCAAUCCAGAUCAUUUGUUGCAUUUUAAUGGAAUGGUUUUUCUAUAGAGAACUGUAACAUAUUUAAAAAUGUGAAUGUAUUGUGUAAAUACGGCUUCGUUACAUCAAAAAUAAAAUGUAAACAUUGUUAUUUUUUUCCCUGAA